CCCGCCGACGCCGCGCCGGGCGCCGCCCAAAGAGAGGCGGAGCAGUGAGUUUAAUCGGCUGAGGGCUGAGCCGCUGAGGCGAUCGAUCGAGAUGGAGCUCGCCGCGGUCAGCACAGCCUAUAGCGCCAUGGGGAUGCUCCUGGGGAAGCUCGGGGACUUGGUCGCCCAAAAGUACGCGCUGCUGGGGGGCGUGCGCGACGAGAUCCAGGAGCUUAAGGACGAGCUCGAGAGCAUGACCGCCUGCUACUGCGACGUUGCCGGAUUCGGCGACGACGACAGGCAGAAGGAGCAGAUGAGGACUUGGAUGAAGCAAGUUAGGGAGAUCGGUUAUGAUGCAGAGGACCGCAUCGAUAUUUUCUUGCAUCACCUGAGCAAGCACUCAGGAGACAGCAGAGGACUAGCAAGGCAGGUAUACAAAAUACUCAACUUCUCAAGGACACUGAAAGUUCGACUCAAAUUGGCCACUGAGAUCCAGAGCCUCAAAUCACGUGCCCAGAAGGUUAGCGAGCGGAGGCUGAGGUACAAGCAGCUCGAUGCCGUGGACAUUCCAGACAACUUGGCCAGCUCGAUGCCGCUGGUUGGGAUUGCUGAAAAUAAACAAAAAGUCAUUAACUUAUUAAAUAAAGAUGACAUGCAACUUCGGGUAAUUUCGAUUGUUGGGAUUGGUGGCCUAGGUAAGACCACCCUUGCGAUGACUGUUUUAUACAGUGGAGAAGAGACAGAGUCAAAUCCUCUCCGGACAGCCCAACAUUCUAAUACGUGCUGGGCAGCCUAACAUUCAAAUCCGCGCUGCUGUGCCUGUGUCUAAGACCUAUGAUCUCCGGGCAGUUCUAGAGUACACUGUGAGGGAACUUCACCGAACACCCAUUGCGCAAGAUGAAGAUCCCCUCAUUAAAGGCAUUGGAUCCUGGGACAUACCAAAGCUAAUCGAAAGGUCUCGAAAACACUUGGAAGAUAAAAGGUACUUGAUCAUUAUUGACGAUGUGUGGCACUCUACAGCAUGGGAACAGUUGAGGGUAGCUUUCCCUGAUAAUGGAAAAGGAAGCAGAAUAGUAGUUACUACACGUAGUGACGAGGUCGCAAGAAGUUGUUCAUCAUCCAAUGGUGAUGUCUAUAAAAUGGAGGCCUUAACAGAAGCAGAUUCCAGGACAUUGUUAUUCAAGACAAUGUUCGGGUCAGAGACAAUCCCAUCCGCAUAUCAACAUUUGCUGCCCUCCAAACUGGAGGUAGUUUGCAAUGCCAUAUUUAAGAAAAGUGGUGGUUUGCCCCUAGCCAUAGUAAGCAUAGGAGGAAUGCUAGCUCAAAGGAAAAAUGAGCCAGUGGAUAAUUGGGAAAAAGUAAUUGAAAGAAUACCUUCUGAAUUGCAAAAGGACAAAAUGUUAGACGGAAUGAGAAGGAUUCUCUCCCUUAGCUACAAUGAUUUGCCGUACCACAUGAAAGCUUGCUUCUUAUACCUAAGUGUUUUUCCAGAGGAUCAUGAAAUCAGAAGAGGACCAUUGGUUAGAAGAUGGGAAGCGGAAGGAUUCAUCAGUGAAGUACACAGUUUGAGCUUGGAAGAGAUUGCUAAGGAUUAUUUCGAUGGAUUUGUCAGUAGAAGCGUUGUGGCUCCUGAACAGCUCACUAGCAGUGGCGAGGUCAGGAGUUUCAAGGUUCAUGACAUAAUGCUGGACAUCAUCACUGCCAAAUCUACCCAAGAGAAUCUCAUGUCAGCACUUGGGAAUCACCAGCACAGCACAAUAGGGCAUGACAAGACUCGGCGGAUUUCUAUCCAACCAGGCAGCAGGGACAAUUAUUUCUCGAGAAGAGGAAGCUUACGCCAUGUCCGUUCUUUGACAAUUAUGGGCAGCACAGAGAAACCAAAGGACAUCAUUUUCAGCAAGUUGAAACUUUUAAGGGUAUUAGAUCUCGAAGGGUGCCGCUGGUCAUUAAGUGAUAAAGAUUGGAAGGAGAUCUGCAAGCUGUCUCUACUGAGGUAUCUCAGCAUUAGAAGGACAGGUAACGAGCGACUACCAAGCAAGCUAGGGAAACUUAAAGGAUUGGUGACACUGGAUGUGAGGCAAACUAAAGUAACACACUUUCCCAAGAGCAUCACUCAGCUUCAGAAUCUACAGCAUCUACUGGCAAGUGAAUAUGUCCAUUACACAAGGACGCACAGUGUGAAGCAUUUGGCGUACAAGAAGGAAGUUGUGAAGAUACCACAUGGCUUGAGUAAAAUGAAAGCCCUCAAGAGGAUUUCUUAUGUAGAUGUCAAAGGGAAGGGCCUUGAAGCACUGCAAGAAGUGGCAAAACUGUCCCAGUUAACCAGGCUGUGUGCAAUGCAGACCGAUCCAUAUGCAAGUUGGGGAGACUUUAGCGAUACCUUGAGCGAUUUGAACAACUCUCUUCGCUAUCUGUCAGUUAUGCAAGAUGAAGGCAACUGUAACAUACCAGGGCAGCUCCCCUUCUUGGAGCGUGUAAGGUCACCCCCUAUGUUCCUUCACAGCCUGCACUUGUUGGGAAGGUUGGGUUCUUUACCUCCAUGGUUUCCAUGCCUCAGCAAGUUAGCCAGCCUAUCACUCCGACACAGCUACUUAGGACCGGAGAUGAUAGAUGUGCUGGGGAGGCUUCCGAGCCUUGUCUCUCUCAAGUUAUACGAUGGUUCAUACACGGGGACUGAAUUAAGAUUCGCAAGUCAUCAGUUCCCUGUGCUGAAACAACUUGUUAUAGACAACCU